AUCUUUGUUUCUCUCUCUUCCUUGUGUUUCCCUCAAAACUCUUGUUUGUAUUCAUACUUCUCUUUACUCUCUUCCAAUACAGCAAAGCCAAUUGUGACUCUUUCUCUCUCUUCUAUCUUCUUUCCAUUUCUAGAGAGAGAAACAUCAAACACCCAAAAAGGAGUUGGCCGGAGAAUAUGCUCCGGUGUAGCCAUUUUCAGGUAUAAUUCAAAGAAACAGGACGAGUUUGUUGUAAAAGAAGACCAUUUUUGAUAUCAUUGAGUGAAAAAAGUGAAAUGCCGGAAACCCUUUUGUUGUCGAACCAGAUUCCUGAAAUAUCGACCAGAAGGAAGGAAAAUACUAAGGAAGUGGAUGAGGAGGAGAAAGAGAAGAUUCUAGAAUCAACUACAACUACGACGACGACGCCAAGGUCAGUUAUCAUCAUUCCUCGGAGCAAAUCACAAGCAACAUUAAGGAGAGUCAUUCCGACGGAUGGUACAAUCUGUGCAGCGUCUGGUACAACUGGUACUAACUCGAACUUUGGGGUAGUGGAAAAGCACCUUCCGAAUGGAGAUCUGUACAUAGGUAGCUUCUCCGGUAGUUCACCUCACGGAUCCGGAAAGUAUUUGUGGAAAGAUGGGUGUAUGUAUGAAGGGGAGUGGAAAAGAGGUAAAGCAUCUGGCAAGGGUAAGUUUUCGUGGCCAUCUGGAGCUACAUUUGAAGGUGAAUUUAAGUCGGGUCGUAUGGAGGGUUCAGGUACCUUUAUUGGAUCCGAUGGUGAUAUGUACAAGGGCUCAUGGUCCGGUGAUCGGAAACAUGGUUAUGGGCAGAAACACUAUAGCAAUGGGGAUUACUAUGAAGGGCUAUGGAAAAGGAAUUUACAAGAUGGACAAGGAAGAUAUGUUUGGAAGAAUGGAAACGAGUAUGUUGGUGAAUGGAAAACUGGGGAUAUUCAUGGUAGAGGUGUCCUGAUUUGGGCAAAUGGAAAUAGGUAUGAUGGAAAUUGGGAAGCUGGUGGUCCUAAAGGUAAUGGGGUUUUCACUUGGCCUGAUGGGAGUUGUUAUAUUGGGUGUUGGAGUAAAGAUGCUAAGAAUCAGCAACAUCAAAACCAAAUUCUUAAUGGUACUUUUUAUCCUGCAAACAGUAGAACUAACAGCCAUGGCUCUGUUAAGAAAGAAAGUGUUGAUUUCAGUGCUAAAGAAGAUGUUUUGGGGGGAUUUUUUGGACACAAGUUAGCUGCACCUUUAAUGGCCGAUGAAGAUUGUGGGUUGCUAGUGAUGAAUAUGGGGAAGAAGAGGUCAUCCGUGGAUGGAUCAAGGGGAAGUAUGACAGAAAGAAAUUUUCCAAGGAUUUGCAUUUGGGAGUCGGAUGGUGAAGCCGGUGACAUUACUUGUGAUAUUAUUGAUAAUGUAGAGGCAUCCAUGAUUUACAGGGAUAGCUUUGGGUUUAGUCGAGAUGGACUAAAGCAGUUCAGGAGAAAUCCUUGUUGCUUUAGCAAAGAAGAAAAGAAGCCAGGCCAGACUAUAUCCAAAGGGCAUAAAAAUUAUGAUUUGAUGCUCAAUCUCCAGUUGGGCAUUAGGUAUUCAGUUGGGAAGCAUGCUUCGAUAUUGCAGGAUCUUAAAACCAGUGAUUUUGAUCCUAACGAGAAGUUCUGGAGCAGGUUUCCACCAGAAGGGUCUAAGCUUACACCGCCUCAUCAAUCUACUGAUUUCCGUUGGAAGGAUUAUUGUCCAGUGGUGUUUAGACAUUUGAGAGAACUGUUCCAAGUUGAUCCUGCGGAUUACAUGUUGGCAAUUUGUGGAAAUGAUGCUCUGAGAGAGCUUUCUUCUCCGGGGAAGAGUGGAAGCUUCUUUUAUUUGACUCAGGAUGAUAGGUUUAUGAUCAAAACUGUGAAAAAAUCAGAAGUCAAGGUGCUUAUUAAGAUGCUUCCAAGUUACUAUCAACAUGUUUGUCGUUAUGAAAAUACCCUUGUCACAAAGUUCUAUGGUGUCCAUUGCGUCAAACCAGUUGGUGGUGUCAAGACACGGUUCAUUGUGAUGGGCAACAUGUUCUGCUCAGAAUAUCGUAUUCACAGACGGUUUGACCUGAAAGGUUCCUCACAUGGCCGCACAACAGAUAAACCCGAAGGAGAAAUUGAUGAAACUACUACCCUUAAGGACCUUGAUCUGAACUUUGUGUUCCGUCUCCAGCGGAACUGGUAUGAAGAACUAAUCAAACAAAUUGAUCGUGAUUGUGAAUUUCUGGAAGCUGAGCGAAUCAUGGAUUACAGUCUCUUGGUUGGUCUUCACUUCCGAGAGGAUAGUAUGGGUGACAAGAUGGGUUUAUCACCAUUCCUCUUGCGUAAUGGAAAGAGUGAUUCAUACCAAAAUGAGAAGUUCAUGCGUGGCUGUCGUUUCCUUGAAGCUGAGCUACAGGACAUGGAUAGGAUUCUUGCUGGCCGGAAACCCUUGAUUCAGUUGGGGGCUAACAUGCCUGCAAGAGCAGAACGGAUGGCACGAAGGAGCGAUUUCGAUCAGUAUACCCCCGGUGGUUUCUGUAAUUUACCCCCUUCCCGUGGGGAAGUCUAUGAAGUAGUCCUGUACUUUGGGAUCAUUGACAUUCUGCAGGAUUAUGAUAUAAGUAAGAAGCUUGAGCAUGCUUACAAAUCGUUGCAAGUUGACCCCGCCUCAAUCUCAGCUGUCGAUCCAAAGCUCUAUUCGAAGAGGUUUCGGAAUUUCAUAGGCAGAAUUUUUGUUGAAGACAGGUGACAGGG